AUGACUAUCACUGAUAUUGAACAAAGUUCUUCUCCAGCCUCAUCAAUGGUGUUUGGAGAUAUCCGAUUCCACCCAGGAGACAUUAUAGGUAGCUCAGGAAUGUAUACCGAUUGUGAACAUUCGCUUCCAUCGACAUGGUCCACGCCAUCUUUGGAGACAUCUUAUCAUGUAAGUGAAUCCGGUGCUAAUAAAACAUAUUAUGUAAGUGAAUCCGAUGCUAGUACAACAUAUUAUGUAAGUGAAUCCGAUGCUAGUACAACAUAUUAUGUAAGUGAAUCCGAUGCUAGUACAACAUAUUAUGUAAGUGAAUCCGAUGCUGGUACAACAUAUUAUGUAAGUAAAUCCGAUGCUAGUACAACAUAUUAUGUAAGUGAAUCCGAUGCUAGUACAACAUUAUCAACAGCAAUACCAAUACACCCAACGACAACGUUACCAACAAAUACCAACUAUCCGUCAACUACCAAUUAUUUGACAGGCAUCUCAAGUACCAACGUUCCUACAAGCACCCCAACUACAAUCUAUCCGUCAAGCAUUAUAACUACCAACUAUCCAACAUUUUCAGAAAUAGUAACUGCAACAUCAACUCCCAAUGUAACUGAUCGAAGUCCGAUACACAAUUUAUCAGGCGAUGUGGGGUUAAUAUUUGGAGGAAUCAUUGGAGCCUUAUCCUUUCUUACAAUUGUUAUAAUAGUUAUAAUUCUGAUUCACAAAAGGAUCCGCAAUAGAAGAGAAAGCAGUUACAUACCUAAAUCCAGAGGAGUCAAGGUUUUGCCAGACAAAGUUACAGGUGGUAAUUAUAAAGCCUCCAAGAUAUUAGGAAGACAGUAUGAAGAUAUUGAUUUGACAGAAGGGAUGCCUGAAAAUGAUCAAACAUUGACUGAAACCCUGACAGAGAAUUGUUACUACAAAUCAUUGGAAUCAGUCGAAGGUCCUGACAGUAUUUAUCAUCAUUUGGGCGCAGAUAGUUCUAGUGAACCUGUACGAGAUGAUAAUUACCAUCAUAUUGAUGUCAACUUCCAACCAUGUCAAUCAUCAACGAAUGAGUAUAAAAUCGAAACUAAUUCUCAUCGCGGAACAGAAAGUAACUAUGAUCAUAUACAUUUACCAACCUCCAAAUCAGGUGUGCAGAAUCCUAAUUACAACCACAUUCAAGUGAGCAGUAUUAAAUCUGAACAAUGUGACUCGAAUUAUGACCACAUUGCUCUUUCACAGCAAGUAGCACCAAAUCUUCGUCGAAAUGACAACUACCACCAUAUAGAACUUUAA